AUGCCUGCAGCAUUCAUCGAGUUCCCUCCCGUAUACCCACAAAUUGAGCCAUAUGUCCUCAAGAAGACGCUCGCGAGCAUUCCGGAAGACAGGGUGUUCACCGUCAACGACAAGUACAAUACCUUGAUCGGCGGAGGCCAGCACAAGCCGGAUCACGCAAUGGGCGUUGCUCGCAUUCUUGCCGUACACUUCGGGCAUUUGCCUGAUGGCUUCGCGAAGGAGGUUCUCGGCGUGGAAACUGCAGACCUCACGAAGUACGGACAGAUCCAGAGGGCAAUUAUGAACGAGCUCUACGGCAAGAGCUCCUUCCUGUACGAGUACGUACGGGGAGAGGUCAGCGCCGAUGCCUGCGCUACGACCAUUUCGAACUGGGACCUCUGCGCUCGUCAGUGCGAUUUUGCAGUCGAUGGUGAGAGCAACGAACAGCGUGCCACUCGAAUUUCUGACCGUGAUCGCUAUCGACAGGCCAUCGUACAGCUCCAACAGGAAAUUCGAGACACGUACAAGGCCGGCAUUGUCGACGCAAAUGAACUUAUGAACAACGACAAUGCAAAGUCAUAUGACAAGCUCGUUGCCCGCCAGAACGCGAUAUUUUGGGACAAGAAGAAAGAUGAGGUUCCACAGUCUUGCUUCACUGGCAUGGACCUCAUCGCUAACGUCCGCGAGCUCGAGAUGCUCAAACCCCGCCCACUGUUCGCUCGCAAGGACUCCGAGCGUGAUUACUUUUGGAAGAAUCGGAUCAAGGGUGAUCUCAUUACCACAGUAUUCAGAUUGGCAAAAGGUAUGGUCGAUCUGCGAACGCUUAUUGCCCGCAAAGAUUGGGCUCGGGUCUGGAUCGACAAGCUCAUCUCGACAAUGGACAUCAUGCACCGCAGCGUGAUCACCCUCGAGUUUAUCAAUCUUCAACGCGAAACCUCCACAGACCCGGUAAUACGCGCAUCCUUCGAACUUGCACUCGACAGGGCCAGCAUGAAUGCAUCCAUUCGAGAUCUUGUAGAUCGCGUGGAUGAACCAGCGGAGACUUGGCGCUGGAGGAAAGUUCCGGUGACUACGGGCCAUAAAGAAGCACGCCGCGCCUGUAAAUGUGCACGAGAACGUCACCAACAAGAAAAGACGAGUCAUCCGGGAUGA